UGUGCUACAAGUCCCGGAGAAUAAGUUAGAGAAGGACCAGAAGUUGUGAUAACAUGGCUUUAUCUUCUAAAGAGUUCUCUGCACUUCUUAGCUUGUUGUCUGAAGAAGGACUGGCUUCCAUGCCUUUGGAAACAUUGUCUUUGAUGUUCCAGCGAUCUUUCAACAGACCCGAUCAUUUCAAAAUGGGAACUGCUCUGGUUCUCUUGUUGAACGAGCAAGAUCUUUUGCCAGGGAGCUCACAAAGAGUAGCGGCAUUGUUCCUUCUCUAUGAUAUGUUUCGUGCUGAGCCAAUAUCUACCAGCCCAUUUGCAGCUUUCUUUGCUCAGCUAUUGGCGUUUGAUGAUGAUCGACCAACUGCGGCCUCUCAACAAUCAGCUUUUACUCAGGCUGAGAAAAAUUUUCUAAUUCAGUUAGUGACUACACCACCUCGAGAGCUUUUUAAGAAGACACCUCGCCAAAUUGCAUUAGGAGAAUUGCCACUGCUUGUAACAGUGGAUAUAGCUACUGUACGUGUUGCACUGCUGGAACGUCAGACUGAUCUGCCUGUGAUAAGCCAGAGUGGCAGAUCAUGUGUCUUGUCAGAUCCCAGUUCUGAGACAAAGUAAGCUGAUAAACUAUAACCUUGUUUUAUAUUUUGCUUCGUCUAUGACACCUCUCUCUCUCCCUCCCUCCC